AUGGGAAUCCGUAAGGACUGGCAGAACCUGUCUCCAUUUUUGGUGCGCCGUAUGGGAGAGGCUGGAUGGACAGCCGAUGUUAAGAAAGACAUUCCUACCACUCUAGAAGAAAAUAGUAUCCCACUUGAGAGCAUUGAUACCGUGGUGUGGAGUCAUUGGCACUGGGACCAUAUUGGUGAUAUGUCAAGACUACCUCCCUCAACAGACCUAGUAGUCGGUCCUGGCUUUACAAGAGUAAUAAUACCUGGAUUUCCCACCAAUAAUGACAGUCCUGUUCUCGAAUCCGAUUAUUCAGGGCGGAAGCUGAUCGAGCUAGUGGACAUGACGCCCACAGUGGCUGGAUUUCCCUCGUUCGAUCUAUUUGGUGAUGGCUCGUUUUAUCUUCUUCAUACACCAGGCCAUGCUGUGGGCCAUCUCUCAGGUCUGGUUCGCACGACGUUGCAAAACAGCCAUGCUGGUGAAACUUUGUGUUAA